AUGUUAAACAAACAUUGCUUUGAAGCUUUAGACAGAUCUCUUAAUGACAUUAUGAAGACUCAGUUUACCCAUGGUUAUGACAUUCCAUUCGGAGGUAAAGUUGUGGUACUAGGAGGCGACUUUAGACAAAUACUUCCAGUUAUUUCCAAAGGAAGUCGUUCAGAAAUUGUCGGUUCCGCUAUCAAUUCUUCAUAUUUGUGGAAGCAUUGCAAGUGUAAGGAACCGUUGCUUGAAUUAGUUAAUUUUGCAUAUCCAAAACUUGCACAUAAUUUGCAAAAAAAUUCAUUCUUCCAAGAAAGAGCGAUCCUUGCACCAACACUUGAAUGUGUAGAGGAAAUUAACAACUUUAUGUUAGGAAUGAUUCCUGGUGAUGAAACAGAAUAUUUGAGUUGUGAUACUCCGUGGAAGUCAGACGAAGAUUCGGGUGUCAAUGCAGAAUGGUUUACAUUUGAAUUCUUAAAUGAUUUCAAAUGCUCUGGAUUUCCAAACCAUGCAAUUAAACUGAAAGCUGGUGUCCCUAUCAUGCUCAUUCGAAACAUAGACCAAGCUGCAGGGUUGUGUAAUGGCACUCGAAUGAUAGUCAAUGCUUUGACUAAAUAUAUAAUUGUUGCUACUGUUUUAAAUGGAAACAAUAUGGGUGAAACAACAUUUAUUCCAAGGAUGAGUUUAACUCCAUCUAAUUCUGACAUUUCAUUCAAAUUCCAGCGUAGACAAUUCCCUGUUGCUCUAUGUUUUGCAAUGACUAUAAAUAAAAGUCAGGGGCAAUCUUUAUCUCAUGUUGGACUGUAUCUGCCAAGGCCUGUGUUUACUCACGGGCAGCUAUAUGUUGCACUUUCUAGAGUUAAAUCUAGAAAAGGGUUGAAGAUGCUUAUCAUAGAUGACGAAGGAGUUGUAUCAAACACUACACGCAACGUAGUGUAUCAAGAAGUCUUUGAUAAUAUUUGA